AUGAAAUUGUUAUUAACCUUAUUCAUCGCAUCAAAUCUACUCGUUAGUGGUUGUCACGGUGGUCUGCUUGGAUUUCUGACCGGUUCAGUUGUAUGCCAUGGCCUUUGUACAACUGCCUAUGUUGCAUGCCUAGGUGCUGGCGAAGUAGGAGCAAUUGCUGCAACAGCUGGAAUUGCCACACCUGCCGUUAUCGCAGCUUGUACCGCAGCUCAAACGGCGUGUAUCGCAGCUUGUGUCACAACGUUUACCGUUGGUAGUGGACCUGUUUAA